UGUUAUCAUCUUGUUUUGCUAGUCUGUGUGCAUUUACUCUAUAAGUGGUCUGUUAGUCAUUCAAGUGCCAGUAUCACAAGAAGCCGGCAGCAAAAUGUCAUGUUGUACACGCGGUCCGGGUUACGCGUCCCCCUUAGACGCGUUAAACAAUGGCCCCCGAGAGGAGCUGCUUUAUGUGGUGUGCGUCCAACCGGACCCCACUAAGCAAGACUAUUUAAGCACCGUUGACGUGGACCCUAAAUCUCCAACAUACUGUCAGGUGAUUGCUCGCACCCACACCGGCAGUGUAGGUGACGAGCUCCAUCACAGUGGGUGGAACGUUUGUUCCAGUUGCCAUGACAACCCGUCACUCAAAAGAAACCUCCUCAUCCUACCCGCAUUGAAAUCUGCAAAGGUCUUCAUUGUGGAUGUCGGGACUGACCCUCGGAAGCCAACGAUGCAUAAGGUAAUCGACGGCUCCGAGAUGAGGUCAUUCAACUGCAGUUUCCCGCACACGACGCACUGCCUGGCAACUGGCGAAAUCAUGAUUUCCACGAUGGGAGAUAAAGACGAAAACGGAAAAGGGGAUUUUGUGCUCAUCGAUUCAAAGACUUUGAAAAUGAAAGGGUCGUGGACGAAAGGGAAUAAAUUCGCUAAAUUUGGCUACGACUUUUGGUACCAGCCUUAUCAUGAUGUGAUGUUUGCCACAGAGUGGGGAAGACCUAGAAACUUCAAGACCGGAUUUCAUGUGGAAGAUGUGCCAAACAAGGACCUGUACGGUUCUUCGUUGAAUAUUUAUAAAUGGUCAACUCACGAGCUACAGCAAGUCAUAGAUUUGGGACCCGAAGGCAUCGCUCCCCUCGAGGUCAGAUUUCUCCAUGAUCCCAAAUCUGGGGAGGGAUUUGUGGGAUGUGCUCUGAACGCAAACGUUUACAGGUUCUACAAAAAACCAGACGGCGAAUGGAUAGCCCAUAAAGUUAUCGACAUACCGGCGAAAAAAGUUGUGAAAGAUGGCGUCGAGUCCGAGAUUAACGGUUUAAUGGGUGAUAUUAUUCUAUCGCUCGAUGAUAAAUAUUUAUAUACCUCGACUUGGCUGCAUGGAGAAGUCAGGCAAUACGAUAUCACGGAUCGCGAACAUCCGAAGUUGACAGGAAAAAUCCAGAUCGGUGGCCUUAUAGCAGCUGAUCCUGAAAUACAAGUUGUUGAGGACAAAGAGUCGAAGGAGCGUCCCCAGCCCGUAGUAGUAAAAGGCAAGACUCUCCAAGGCUCACCUCAAAUGAUACAACUUUCCCUUGAUGGAAAACGUCUUUACGCCUCGUCGUCCCUGUUUUCUCCGUGGGAUAAACAGUUUUACCCCAAAAUGGCCCAAGAGGGCGGGUGGAUAGUAAAGUUGGACGUGGACACUGUGAAUGGAGGCAUGAAGUUAGAUCCGGACUUCCUCGUACACUUCGGAAACGAACCGGACGGCCCGGCCCUACCGCAUGAAAUAAGGUACCCCGGAGGAGACUGCACUUCUGACAUUUGGCUGGCUGAUGACUAAAUACGUUGGCGCUAUAGCUUUAUGUGCCAAUAUUUUUAUACGCGUCUUAAUAUCGAUCAUAUUUCUUAUUGUAUCUAUUAGAUUUUCAUAUAAAAUAUCCUUAGCAAAGCAUAAUGAGUUUGCAAGUACACAGUAUAUUACGAAACGAAUUGUAUUUUGUAUAAAACGAAUGUAAUGCUUUUAGCUAGGUGAUAAUUAAAAUAUUAUAUCCAA